AUGCGGAAGAAGAUGUGGCCGUCUUCCCUGCUCCUGGUGUCCAGCACCCUCCUCCUCCUCCUACCCGGAACAUCAGCCGAACUGGUCAAAGACGGCUCAACAUGCAUCGUCACCCCAAUCUCCAACACCUCAAAAGCUGCCGUCGCCGCACCAGUGGUCGUCGGUCGCCGGGAUGAUAACCCCCUCGCCGUCCCGCCGGCUCCGGGAUCGCCGGGCGCGUUGGGUCGGUUUCCAAGGCCUGAGCCGGGGUCGUCGUCGGCGGGUCACCGUCGCCGUAACAGCAAAAACUUAGACACCCGGGCCCAGCCGGACGAUACCCCCCAGAUCCUAGACGCCUUCAAGCAGUGCGGGCAAGACGGCACCAUCAUCCUGCGCGAGGGGACCUACCACAUCCGGCAGGUCAUGGACCUCACCAACCUGCGCAAUGUCUCGGUCGAGAUUCACGGUACGCUCAUCUGGAGCGCGGAUAACCUCUCCUACUGGCGCCAGGCGAGUCCCGCAGUGACAUAUGCGGGAAGGCAGACGGCGGUGAGGUUGGGGGGUAGGGAUAUUGCGGUGCGUGGGUUUGGGAAGGCUUUGUUUGAUGGGAAUGGCCAGGCGUGGAUUGAUUUGGCGGCGGGGGCGAGUAAUUUUCAGGGGAGGCCGAUUAGUUUGACGGUUUGGUAUGGGACGAAUGUGUUGAUUGAUGGGAUUACUUGGCACAUGUCACAGUUCUGGCAUACCUUUGUUGCUCACUCACAGAAUGUGACCAUGACCAAUCUCAAUAUGAGCACCUACUCGUCCAACAGCCAGAGCUCGCAAAAUACAGAUGGCACCAACACGUGGAACUCCAAGGAUAUUACCAUCUCCAACUGGACGGUGACAUGCGGCGAUGACUGCAUAGGCGUCAAAGGCAACAGCAGCAACGUGCACGUCAGCAACGUCGUCUGCCACGAAUCCGGCGCCAUGACCAUCGGCAGCGUUGGCUCCAACUCAGCGCAGCCCGACUACGUCGAGAACAUUGUCUUUGACAACAUCACGGCCAUCCAUUCGAGCAACGCCGCCUGGAUCAAGACCUACCCGGGCAACGGCUACGUCCGCAACGUAACCUUCCGCAACAUCCAGUUCGAGGACGUCAAUCAGCCCAUCUACGUGACCUCAUGCAUUUACUCCUACAACAACUGCGACUCCUCCCGCCUCAAAAUCAGCGACAUCACUUGGUCCAACAUCACGGGAACAAGCCGGUACAACGUCGCAGCGGGCAUCCACUGCAGCGCGGCAGCUCCGUGUGAGGGGUUCCACUUUGACAACAUCGACAUCCGGCCAAAGGAUGGCGGGGGGGCCGCCAAGGUGCUGUGCUCGAAUAUUAAGAACCAGGCUGAUAUGGGGAUUGAUUGUACCGGGCCGUGUCCGGGGUCGCAGCCCCAGCAGUUGUCGGGGAAUGUAUGA